UCAUUGUGAUAUUUUACUGAUUUCUUUUUUUAGGUAACCGCAUAUUGGAUACAUGGCUCACACAAAUGAAUCGGUGGUGUCUGAGUUUGUACUGUUGGGACUCUCUAAUUCCCGGGAACUUCAAAUUUUCUUUUUUGCCAUCUUUUCUGUAGUCUAUGUGACAUCAGUGCUAGGCAAUGUCUUAAUUAUUAUCAUUAUUUCUUUUGACUCCCGUUUGAACUCUCCUAUGUACUUCUUGCUCAGUAACCUUUCUUUCAUUGAUAUCUGUCAGUCUAACUUUGCCACCCCCAAGAUGCUUGUAGACUUUUUUGUUGAGCACAAGACUAUCUCCUUUGAGGGUUGCAUGGCCCAGAUAUUCCUCCUUCACAGUUUUGUUGGGAGUGAGAUGAUGUUGCUCGUGGCUAUGGCAUAUGACAGAUUUAUAGCCAUAUGUAAGCCCCUGCACUACGGUACAAUUAUGAACCAGAGGCUAUGUAUAAUUUUUGUGUCUAUUUCCUGGGCGGUGGGUAUUCUUCAUUCUGUGAGCCACUUGGCUUUUACAGUGGACCUGCCAUUCUGUGGUCCCAAUGAGGUGGAUAGCUUCUUUUGUGACCUUCCCUUGGUGAUAGAGCUAGCUUGCAUGGAUACAUAUGAAAUGGAAAUUAUGACCCUAACAAAUAGUGGACUGAUAUCAUUGAGCUGUUUUCUGGCUUUAAUUAUUUCCUACACGAUCAUUUUGAUCAGUGUCCGACGCAGGUCCUCCAGUGGGUCAUCCAAGGCUCUUUCUACAUUAACUGCCCACAUCACAGUGGUGAUUCUUUUCUUUGGGCCUUGCAUUUAUUUCUAUAUAUGGCCUUUUAGCAGACUUUCUGUAGACAAAUUUCUUUCUGUCUUCUACACUGUUUGUACUCCCUUGUUGAACCCCAUCAUCUACUCUCUGAGGAAUGAAGAUGUUAAAUCAGCCAUGUGGAAGCUGAGAAACCAUCAUGUGAACUCCUGGAAAAACUAAGAUUGCUAUGAAGAAGCAUAAUCCUGAAUUAGAAUGAAGAUCCUCCAGUGUAUCACAGUGUCAUGCCAACCAUC